GAGGUGACCCCUAAAAAUGGUGCGCUAUUCACUCGACCCAGAAAACCCCACAAAAUCAUGCAAACCUAGAGGUUCAAAUCUUUGUGUUCACUUUAAGAACAUUUGUGAAACUGCCCAGGCCAUAAAGGGUAUGCAUAUCCAGAAAGGCACCAAGUACCUGAAGGAUGUCACUUUGAAGAAACAACGUGUGCCAUUCCGUCGCUACAAUGGUGGAGUUGGUAGGUGUGCACAGGCCAAACAGUGGGGCUGGAUGCAGGGCCAGUGGCCCAAAAAGAGUGCUGAAUUUUUAUUACACAUGCUCAAAAAUGCAGAGAGUAAUGCUGAACGUAAGGGCUUAGAUGUAGAUCCCCUGGUCAUUGAGCACAUCCAAGUGAACAAAGCCCCCAAGAUGCGGCGCAGGACUUACAGAGCUCACGGUCGGAUCAACCCCUACAUGAGCUCUCCCUGCCAUACUGAGAUAAUCCUUACUGAAAAAGAACAGACUGUUCCUAAACCAGAAGAGGAGGUUGCGCAGAAGAAAAAGAUAUCCCAGAAGAAACUGAAGAAACAAAAACGAACGGCCCGGGAAUAA